AUGGACUCCGUUGCAAGCGCGGCGAGCGCUGUGGUGCGACAGUCGACGCUGGUGAUCGGCGCAGCCGCCGACGAGCUAGCACGUCAGGCUAAUGCUGUGGUGCAAGCGACCACGGAGUCAGAUCCAAUUUCUUGGAUCGCAGGGGAUGACGACGACCUGCUGCCUGGUCCUUCCAGCCCUGGGCUCGUUCCACCGGCACCGAUAGCCACGCCACUGGCAGCGCUUACAUCCUGGGGUGCUUGGGGCCUCGAUGAUACGCCGCUGUGGCACAGGCCCUUCGCUGUGGAGCCGGACAUCAACUCGAAGCUUUUUCUUUGGCAGGGCGACAUGUGCAGUCUUGAGGUCGAUGCGCUGCUGGCUCCGGUGGCUGCAGGCUACACGCCAGGCUGCAGCACCGUCUUCGGCCGCGUGCUACAGUACGGUGGCCCGGACCUUCGCGAAGAGCUUCGCCACAUGGAGGGCUGCCGGAGUGGGGAGGCUCGCAGCUGCAAGGCGUACAACUUACCCUGCCAGCGGCUUCUCCUGACGGUCGGGCCCAAGUACAAGGACAAGUACCAGGUGGCUGCACAGAACACGCUGAAUGCUUGCUAUCGCGAGUCAAUGCAGCUCCUCGUGGAGUCUGGCCACAGAACUGUGGCGAUUCCUUGCUAUUGGUACAGCCAGGGCUACCCAAUGGAGGAGCAAGCUCAUGUUGGGCUUAGGACACUUCGAAGAUGUCUGGAGAAGCUGCGUGCCUCCGUGGACAGUGCUGUUUUAGUGGCCGGGACGACCCUCGAGCUGGAGUUAUACGAGAGCUUGUUACCUCUGUAUUUUCCACGCAAUGAGUUCGAGGCCAGGCAUGCCGCAGCCGUGCUUCCAGACAGCUGCUGGAACGAGUGGGGCGAGGUCAGCAUGGAAGAGCGGCGCAUUCGGGUCUCGAACCAUGUUGUUUCUGACCGUCAUGAUGAGGCCGAGGACAGCGAUCUCGUCUUCGGCGACGAGGAUCGAUCUUUUCUCCAUGCCCGCGAUGAUGCCGACUUUGCUGCGAUGCAGCGCUUGGAGGGCACCAUGAUACAUGCUGAAACGGUGGAGGAGGCUAGGCACAUCUGCAUCCGCUACCUGCGGCGAGCCAGAGAGAUCCCGGCGGAGAAUGAACCGAAACGCUUUGUUUACAACGGCGGACCGGACCACUUCGGUCGCGAAGUUGUGGUGCUGCUCGGCGCACGCCUCCCACCUCUCGGCGUUCAGGAUGAGCGAACUUUGGCACUUUUCGUGAGAGAGCUCGAGGCUGUGCAAAGUGAUCGCUUCCUGCUCCUCUAUGUAAACAGCGAGGUGGAUGGAAUGGACACAACGGUCCUAGAGGUGUUGCAGGAGAUGCUUGCCGUUGUCAACGCCAAGUACCGUAGUGCCAUGGCGCAGCUCUUGGUGUUGCAUCCCGGGCUAUGGUUCCGGGCUGCCUUUGCUCUUGGUCGUGCUGUAAGCGACGAAGCUGCAAGUGUUUGGCACGACAGCCUCUAUUUGGAGUGUGUGGCGGAUCUUGCCGCAGUGCUAAGCCUUGAGCGACUUUAUUUGCCGGACUUUGUGCGAUGGAGUGAGCAGCAGUAA